UUUUUUUUUUGGGGUUGAUUAUAGAGAGCACCAUCCCAGGUGUGAGGAGGGCACAGUAUGAGUCAAGCUGCAGAUGCAUGAGGGAGGCUGAGCCCAGAAGGAUAAGCACCUUGCCCUGUUUCGCUCCUUAGAGGAAAGGAGAACAUUGGUUAUCUGCUCCAGGAAAAGGGACCAGAGCCCCGGAUUAAUGUGUAUAAAGGCUCGACAAGGAAGCAGAGGAUUCUGGGUUACCUGAAGACCUGGAGUACACAAGUGAACAGGCCUGUGUUGAGCCUGUGGCACAGGGGAUUGACAUGGCUCAGACCAGCUUUGUGUCAACUCAUCAUGCCUGUCGGGCUUGAUUGCAGAAAGGAGCCUUUGCUGAAGCUCACCCAGUCUUACACGCGGAACACUUUACAACACCCAAAAAUCUAAAUUGCCGUUAUGGCUGUUGAGCUCAACACCCAUUAGGAUUUUUAAUAUUACCUGAGAGCGCACGUUUUGACAGUGAGAGGGGAUGCUUUUUCUACAGGCUUAUCUGCCAUGGUAAAGGCAUUGAAAAGCAUGAGCCUCUGACUACACAGACGAGGUCAUCGUCCAAACAAGGAUCAGCUCAGCAAACACUGACCAGGUCAGGAUAUCACCAGAAAACCCUUGGGCAAACUUUUCCUUUCAGAAGGGAUAAGAGCAAAUUCAAGAGGAAAUCUUGAUUGGAUUUUUGGUGACUGGAAAGGAUUUACCACUUCGUAUAAAUCAGGGGAUCUUGAGUGAUUAGACUGCCAGCCAACACAGCUUCAAGAUGGUGCGUCAAUGCAAGGCCUUUAUCCUUUCCCUCAUCAGGGUCGGGCUGCUGCUGGGUCUUGCUAACCCCCUGGUGACCUCUGCCUCAUGUCCCUCAGCCUGCCGCUGUGAUGGGACCUUCAUCUACUGUAAUGACCGUGGCCUGACUUCCAUCCCUACUGGUAUGCCCCAGGAUGCUACAGUGCUCUUUCUGCAAAACAAUCGCAUCAAGAGUUCGGGCAUUCCUGCAGAGCUCCGGAGACUGUCAAAUGUGGAGAAGAUCUACCUUUACUGCAACAAUCUGGAUGAGUUCCCUACUAACCUUCCUCUUGGGCUGAAAGAGCUUCACCUUCAGGAGAACAAUGUUCGGAUGAUUACCCAUGCCUCUUUAGCUCAAAUUCCCUACAUUGAGGAACUACACCUGGAUGAUAACUCGGUCUCUGCAGUCAGCAUAGAGGAGGGGGCCUUCAGGGACAGUACCCACCUCAGACUGCUUUUUCUCUCCAGAAACCACCUAAGUACCAUCCCUUCAGGCCUACCCAUGAGCAUUGAGGAGCUGCGCUUUGAUGACAACCGCAUCUCCUCCAUCUCCGAGCAGUCGCUGCAAGAUCUCAUCAACCUGAAGCGACUAAUCCUGGAUGGUAACCUGCUCAACAACCGGGGGAUUGGGGAGAUGGCUCUCAUCAAUCUGAUCAAUCUGACUGAGCUCUCGCUAGUGAGGAACUCCUUGACAUCGCCGCCAGCCAACUUGCCAGGCAACAGUUUGGAGAAGCUGCAGCUACAAGAUAAUCACAUUAAUCGGGUCCCGCCUGGGGCUUUUGCCUUCCUUAGGCAGCUGUAUCGCUUGGACCUGUCUGGCAACAACCUGAGCAGCCUCCCACAGGGUGUAUUUGAAGAUCUGGACAAUCUCACACAGCUCCUGCUACGCAACAACCCCUGGCAAUGCACUUGCAGGAUGAUGUGGGUGCGUGACUGGCUGCGGUCGUUGCCGUCGAAAGUGAAUGUACGUGGCUUCAUGUGCCAGGGUCCUGAUAAGGUCAAAGGUAUGGCAAUUAAAGACCUAACUACAGACAUGUUUGAGUGCACAGGUUCGGAACUCCCCACGUAUGAGACAAGCACAGUCUCCAACAUUUUACGCCCCACACAGCCCCAGUGGCCCUCGUUUGUGACUAAAAGGCCUGUAGUAAAAGGGCCAGACAUUGGUAAGAAUUACCACAGCACUACCACCUCUUCGGGCAGAAAGAUCAUCACCAUCAGUGUAAAGUCAACUAGUGCAGAUGCUAUACACAUAUCAUGGAGAGUGUCGCAGCCCAUGACUGCCCUACGGCUCAGCUGGCUAAAGCUGGGACACAGCCCUGCCUUUGGCUCCAUCACUGAGACAAUUGUGCAGGGGGAGAGGAAGGAGUACCUGCUCACGGCACUGGAGCCAGAGUCUUCCUAUAGGAUAUGCAUGGUUCCCAUGGAGACCAGCAACAUUUACCUGUCAGAUGAGACCCCUGUUUGCAUCGAGACACAGACUGGUUCUCACAAAUCCUACAACCCGACUACAACUUUAAACAGAGAGCAGGAGAAAGAGCCUUACAAAAAUUCCAGUCUGCCUUUGGCUGCUAUCAUUGGAGGGGCUGUGGCUCUUUUGGCAAUAAUCAUGUUGGCACUGGUGUGUUGGUAUGUCCACAGGAACGGUUCACUUUUUUCCAGGAACUGCACCUACAACAAAGGCCGUCGGAGAAAGGAUGACUAUGCUGAGGCUGGCACUAAGAAGGACAACUCCAUCCUAGAAAUACGAGAGACAUCUUUUCAAAUGAUACCUAUAAAUAACCUGCCUGUGUCCAAGGAGGAGUUUGUGAUACACACGAUUUUCCCGCCUAAUGGCCUGACUUUAUACAAAAGCCCACAUAACGAGAACAGUAUUAACAACAGGAGCUACAGAGACAGUGGAAUACCAGAUUCAGACCAUUCCCAUUCAUGAUAUUGCGCAUGGCCAUUCAUGAUGAGUGUGUGACAUAAAGAGUGGCAAGACUUUUACAAAACACUGGAUCUAUAAGACUAAGGAAGCAAUGUUCUGUACAUUUGCCAUAUAAUUUAUAUUUAAGGACAUUUUAUGAGGACGAAGAACGUUCCAGUUGCAGGCCAACACUGAACCAUCAGUGGGUAUUGUAACUAACUGCAAUUCUAUAUUUUAGGAAUUUGUAGUAAUUUGUACUGUAUUUCCUUUGCUUAAGGUUAUCGACCAACUAAAAGAAACUUUGUGUUCUACUGAGAUAUGAUGACUUGUCAACUGUGAAAGUGGGUUUUCAUUGCUGUGUUAAACAAUCAGACCUUAGAAAACCUUGUAGUAUAAGCACAGGUCAUUCUUUUAACUUUGUGGCUGUCUGAAAAACAAAAAGACAAAAAAAAAUAACAUGAAGUAAACUAAGGCACAGCUGAUCAACUAAUUUGCAAAGCAGGCAUGUUGCCCUCGAAAAGAAUGAGCAGUCAGUAGCUGUCUCCACAGAAUAUGGACCAAGGGUCUUGCUCUAGUAUUCACCUGGUAUGAAGUAGAAAUAACUAAAGAUGAGGUGCCAUGCUGUAUUUCUUUGCUUUGUUCAGUGUGUGAUUUUUUUCCUUUCUGUUUUGCAAGAAGAGGAAACAGCAAAGCAACCCAAGCAGGGUUUCAGUGUUUCUUAUAGGAUUGUAGACCACAGCACAGGGCAGAUAAAGCACACCGACCUUAAGGAGCUCUCUGCUCCUCAAAACAAGUAGACUGGACAGGCUGACACAGAGGACCCCCCCCCACUAUCUCUAUUUGUAAAAGCCAACAAUGGCCAAACAACAAUGGCGCCAUUCUUUAGUACCAUGUACCACGUACGUCAUUCUAGUCACCAGGGCCAAAAAGACAAAACAUGUUGGCUUUCAUUAGAAUUAUCACAGUGUCAGCAACUCCUUGUUAUGAGUAUUAUUUUGUAUUAUUUUCCAAAUGAACACACUAUUAUGUUUCCACAAUUUGAAGUUAACUGUUCUUAACAAUUGAAAACCAAAGUGCAUUGUAUGCCCUUUGGCGAGUCUUGUAUGUGCCUUGAUCCAAUGCUUAUUGUAUUUAGCUUUUUAAGAAACCAGUGACU